AUGGAACCCCCUUCCAACCUUGCCACGCCUCUUAAGCAGGUGUGGGACCAUUGCCUGGCGACUUAUUCGAACGGGCUCUUUGGAUUCAAGAACUACGGCUGGGAUCAAUUGAUGGCCACGUCGGGCUCGAUCAACGUGUGCGUCCGAUGGGAGUCCAGCACCGCCGUCACUGAGGCGCAGCGAACUCAAGUCGCCCAAACCAUCAACAAGCAGUACCAAAAGUGGUUCCAGUAUCUAUACGGCUACGACGGCUUCCCCUUCAGCCAGGUCAAGGUCAACGUCGUCGGAUGGGCCGUCAAGAACACCAACCUCCUCCAGGGUUCGACUUCCGGCAUCGACGUCUACACGACUACCGACUCGGGCGGCAUCCCCGAGUGCGAUCCCCGCUGCGGACGCUUCUUCCACCAGGAUAACAACUACGCUUCGUGCCCCGGAGGUGCCGCUCGACACUACGACAACUCCCUCUGGCUGACUGACGGCAUGUCCGGCGGUGCUGGUGGUGACUGGGGCCAGAGGAUCGGUCGCGAGUACUUCAUGGGUGCCCUCACGACCGAAAACAUCCAUAUUCUCCUGCACGAGAUGGGCCACACCUAUGGUCUCGAUGAUUUCUAUGACUGGACUCCCACCGGUAUCUCCAACUUCAUCAUGCUCGCGGGCUCGUCCUCCCAAAUCACCGAAUUCGACUACUGGAUGCUCCGAAACUGGUGGACCGAGCUGUCCCGCAACCGCGGCUGGCAAACCGGUACUUCCAACCCCACCCCGACCACCACCACCCGCGCCACCACCAGCACCACUACCACGUCGACCCGGGCUGCGACUACCACUGCCAGCUCCGGAGGAGGUAGCGGAACCGUUGCCCGGUGGGCCCAGUGCGGUGGAGUCGGUUACACCGGCGCCACCCAGUGCGUCUCGCCUUACACUUGCACAAAGCAGAAUGACUGGUAUUCCCAGUGCCUCUAA